AGGAGAAAAAAACGGCACUCUUUAUAGCGAGAGCCACAUCGAACAGAGUGGACAAUAACGGACACAGAGGAAGUGAAGAAAAAGGGUUAGUUAUUCUUCACUUUGCCAAAGGACUAUCUAUUUAUGCUCGAAAAGGAAAGAUUCGGAUAUUUCGUGAAAAGUUGAGCGCAGGAGCGAUCCGGGGCGGCUGUGCACCGGCGCCAUGUCUGUCUCUACCCAGCUGGGCCUGCUCCUGUGGAAGAACCUGACCUACAGACGCAGACAAACGAUCCAGUUACUGGUUGAGAUCAUCUGGCCGCUCUUCAUCUUCUUCAUCCUCAUCUCCGUCAGGCUCCACUACCCCCCGUAUGAGCAGCAUGAGUGUCACUUCCCCAACAAGGCCAUGCCCUCUGCGGGCACCCUGCCCUGGGUCCAGGGCAUCAUCUGCAACGCCAACAACCCCUGCUUCCGCAACCCCACGCCCGGGGAGACCCCGGGGGUGGUGGGCAACUUCAACGACUCCAUAAUCUCGCGCCUGUUCCUCGAUGCGAAGAAGAUCCUGCUGUACAGUCAGAGUGACCGGAGUCUGGACGGGUUCAAGGGGCUCGUCCGCGCCCUGAGGAACAUGCAGAAACACACCGCAGGGUUCAAGCUGAAGGACUUUCUCCGCGAUAGCGAGUCCUUGUCGACGUUCCUGGAGCGAAACGCCUCUCUGUCGGAGCACGCAGUGCGCGAGAUCGUCGACGCCGACAUCAACCUGGAGAAGGUGCUGAUCAACGGUUUCGGCGUCCAUCUCAGGGACAUGUGCAACACGACGUCCCUGGAGGACUUUGUGACGAUCUCGGACCGGAGGGUGUCCCUGCGCACGCAGGAGAUCCUCUGCGCCUCGUCGCGGGAGUGGCUGGACCAGGCUGAGGCCCACUUCCUGUCCAACCUGGACUUCCUGAAGCCCAUACGGAAGGACGGCAGUUCUGACCCCAAGGACAUCCAGGCGGUAUCCGUGGCAACAGACCGUCUCCUGGAGAGCCUGGGAUCGCUGGCGGUGGAGCUGGCGGGCAUGCGGAGCUGGCAGGACCUCCGCACGGAGGUGCAGUAUCUGAUGAGGAACAGCAGCGGCUCCCCGGCGCUGGUGUACCAGGCCGUGUCGCGCAUCGUGUGUGGGCACCCGGAGGGCGGCGGCCUGAAGAUCAAAUCCCUCAACUGGUACGAGGACAACAACUACAAGGCCCUGUUCGGCAACCACGGCAACAGCAGCGAGGACGAGCCCGUGUCCGUGUACGACAACUCCUCCACUCCGUACUGUAAUAGCCUGAUGAAGAACAUGGAGUCAAACCCCAUCUCCAGGAUGAUGUGGAGAGCCCUGAAGCCCCUCCUCAUCGGCAAGAUCCUGUACACCCCCGACACCCCCGCCACACAGAGGAUCAUCAAAGAGGUGAACAGGACGUUUCAGAGUGGGGUGCUGCGGGACCUGGGGGGCAUGUGGGAGGAGAUGAAGCCCAAAGUCUGGAGCUUCAUGGAGAAACAUGAGGAGAUGGACCUGGUCAGGACGCUGCUGCAGAACAACGCCAGCGCACGCUUCCUUAACGCCCAGCUCAGCGGCACGCCCUGGCGGGUGCAGGACGUCUCCGGCUUCCUGUCCAAACGCUCGGAGGACCUGCGGCCCCCGGGGGCCGCCUUCACCUGGAGGGACGUCUUCAACGAGACCGACCAGGCCGUGCUCACCAUCUCCCGCUUCAUGGAGUGUGUGAACCUGGAUAAGCUGGAGCCCGUGGCGAACGAGGAGCGGCUGGUGAACAAGUCCAUGCGCCUGCUGGACGACCGGAAGUUCUGGGCUGGGAUCGUGUUCCCGGACAUCCGGUCCAACAGCUCCGAGAUCCCUGCCAACGUCAACUACAAGAUCCGCAUGGACAUCGACAACGUGGAGCGCACCAACAAGAUCAAAGACGGGUACUGGGACCCGGGUCCUCGCGCCGACCCGUUCGAGGACCUGCGGUACAUCUGGGGCGGGUUCUCCUACCUGCAGGACGUGAUCGAGCACGGCAUCAUCCGGGCCGUGACGGGCAGCCGGGAGAAGAUGGGCGUGUACAUCCAGCAGAUGCCCUACCCCUGCUACGUGGAUGACAUAUUCCUGCGGGUGAUGAGCCGCUCCAUGCCCCUCUUCAUGACCCUGGCCUGGAUGUACUCCGUGGCCAUCAUCAUCAAGGGCGUGGUCUACGAGAAGGAGGCGCGGCUGAAGGAGACCAUGAGGAUCAUGGGCUUGAACAACGGCAUCCUGUGGCUGAGCUGGUUCAUCAGCAGCCUCAUCCCGCUGCUCAUCAGCGCCUCCCUCCUGGUGCUCCUCCUCAAGAUGGGUAACCUCCUGCCCUACAGUGACCCCGGCGUGGUGUUCCUGUUCCUGAGCUCGUUCGCGGUGGUGACCAUCAUGCAGUGCUUCCUGAUCAGCACGCUGUUCUCCCGCGCCAACCUGGCGGCGGCGUGCGGCGGGAUCAUCUACUUCACGCUCUACCUGCCCUACGUGCUGUGCGUGGCCUGGCAGGACUACGUGGGCUUCGGGGCCAAAGUCUUCGCUAGCCUGCUGUCCCCGGUGGCGUUUGGCUUCGGGUGUGAGUACUUUGCGCUGUUUGAGGAGCAGGGCGUGGGCAUCCAGUGGAGUAACCUGCUCUCCAGCCCCCUGGAGCAGGACAGCUACAGCCUCACCACCUCCAUCGCCCUCAUGUUCCUGGACGCCUUCCUGUACGGGGUCAUGACCUGGUACAUCGAGGCCGUCUUCCCCGGGAUGUACGGAAUCCCGCGGCGCUGGUACUUCCCCUUCACCAAGUCCUACUGGUGCGGCGAGACCCAGCGCACCGACCUGUCCACCCCGAACGGCAAGCAGGGGAACGCCGACGCCGUGUGCUUUGAGGAGGAGCCCAGCCACAUCCAGCCGGGCGUGUUCAUCCAGGGCCUGGUGAAGGUGUACAGUCACGGGAACAAGCUGGCUGUGGACGGCCUGACGCUGGGCUUCUACGAGGGCCAGAUCACCUCCUUCCUGGGCCACAAUGGGGCGGGGAAGACCACCACCAUGUCGAUCCUGACCGGACUGUUCCCGCCCACCUCCGGCACGGCCUACAUCCUGGGAAAGGACAUCCGGAAGGACCUGAGCACCAUCCGGCAGAGCCUGGGCGUGUGUCCCCAGCACAACGUGCUCUUCAGCAUGCUGACGGUGGAGGAGCACGUGUGGUUCUACGCGCGGCUGAAGGGUCUGUCGGAGGAGGCAGUGAAGGCGGAGAUGGAGCAGAUCGUCUCCGACAUCGGCCUGCCCGAAAAACGCCAGGCCCGCACCAACACGCUGUCCGGGGGGAUGCAGAGGAAGCUGUCUGUGGCUCUGGCUUUCGUCGGAGGGUCAAAGGUCAUCAUCCUGGACGAGCCCACCGCCGGAGUGGACCCCUACUCCCGCCGGGGCAUCUGGGACCUGCUGCUGAAGUAUCGCCAAGGCCGCACCAUCAUCCUCUCCACGCACCACAUGGACGAGGCGGACAUCCUGGGCGACCGCAUCGCCAUCAUCUCCCACGGGAAGCUGUGCUGCGUGGGCUCCUCGCUCUUCCUGAAGAACCAGCUGGGCACCGGCUACUACCUCACCCUGGUGAAGAAGGACCUGGACCUGUCCCUCAGCUCCUGCAGGAACUCCAGCACCACCGUGUCCUUCACCAAGAAGGAGGACAGCGUGUCGGAGAGCAGCUCGGACGCCGGACUGGGCAGCGACCACGAAAGUGACACGACCACCGUCGAUAUAUCGCUCAUCUCCAACGUCAUCUUCAAGCACGUCCCGGCGGCUCGGAUGGUGGAGGACCUGGGCCACGAGCUGACCUACAUCCUGCCCUACGAGUCGGCCAAGGACGGCGCCUUCGUGGAGCUGUUCCACGAGCUGGACGACCGCCUGUCCGACCUGGGCAUCUCCAGCUACGGCAUCUCUGACACCACCCUGGAGGAGAUUUUCCUGAAGGUUGCGGAGGACAAUGGGGUUGAUGCUGAGAUUUCAGACGGCACCAUCCCAGCUCGCAGGAACCGGCGACAUGCUUUUGGAGAUCAUCAGAGCUGCCUGAAGCCCUUUACCGAGGACGACGGCUUCGAUUUCAACGACUCUGAGGGAGACCCAGAAUCGCGGGAGACUGAUUGGCUGGGCGGUGCGGACGGAAAGGGCUCGUACCAGGUGAAGGGGUGGAGCCUAAUCAGGCAGCAGUUUGUGGCUCUGCUGUGGAAGAGACUCCUGUACGCCCGGCGCUCCCGAAAAGGAUUCUUCGCUCAGAUCGUGCUCCCGGCCGUGUUUGUGUGCAUCGCCCUGGUCUUCAGCCUCAUUGUUCCUCCCUUCGGGAAGUACCCCAGCCUGGCCCUGCAGCCCUGGAUGUACGACGAGCAGUUCACCUUCAUCAGCAACGACGCCCCGGAAGAUUCCAGCACGCAGCGGCUGCUGGGCGCCCUGACAGACCGGCCCGGAUUCGGAACGCGGUGCAUGGAAGGAGACCCCAUCCCAGAUUAUCCCUGUGAGGCGGGCGAGGACGCCUGGACCUCCCCGGAGGUGCCGGAGAGCGUGAGGGACAUGUUCCGGUGGGGUAACUGGAGCAUGGAGAACCCGUCUCCUCUCUGCGAGUGCAGCUGUGAGGGCCGCAAGAAGAUGCUCCCGGAGUGUCCCGCCGGAGCGGGGGGCCUGCCACCGCCUCAGAAGAAGCUGAGCUCCAGAGACACCCUCCAGAAUCUGACCGGCAGGAACAUCUCAGACUACCUGGUGAAAACGUACGCGCAGAUCAUCGGUAAAAGUCUGAAGAACAAGAUCUGGGUGAACGAAUUCAGAUACGGAGGGUUCUCAUUGGGUGCCAGGAGCUCCCAGCUCCUCCCCCCUUCUGAUGAGAUCGACGACGCCAUUCUCCAGAUCCGCAGACGCUUCAGCCUGGAGAAGGGUGCUGCGGCCGACCGCUUCCUCGGGAGUCUGUCCACUUUCAUCCAGGGCCUGGACACCAAGAGCAACGUCAAGAUCUGGUUCAAUAACAAGGGCUGGCACAGCAUCGGGGCCUUCCUCAACGUCAUGAACAACGGCAUCCUACGAGCCAACCUGCCCGCCAGCCAGGACCCUGGCAAGUUUGGCAUCACCGCCUUCAACCACCCGCUCAACCUCACCAAGGAGCAGCUGUCCCAGGUCGCACUGAUGACCACCUCCGUGGACGUGCUGGUGUCCAUCUGCGUGAUCUUCGCCAUGUCCUUCGUCCCGGCCAGCUUCGUGGUCUUCCUCAUCCAGGAGCGCGUCAACAAGGCCAAGCACAUGCAGUUCAUCAGCGGCGUGCAGCCUCUCCUGUACUGGCUCGCCAACUUCAUCUGGGACAUGUGUAAUUACAUCGUCCCGGCAACCUUGGUCAUCAUCAUCUUUGUGUGCUUCCAACAAGAGGCCUACGUCUCCUCCAGAAACCUGCCUGUCCUGGCCCUACUACUGCUGCUCUACGGCUGGUCCAUCACCCCGCUGAUGUACCCCGCCUCCUUCUUCUUUAAGAUCCCCAGCACAGCCUACGUGGUGCUGACCAGCGUCAACAUCCUCAUCGGCAUCAACGGCAGCGUGUCCACCUUCGUCCUGGAGCUGUUCGGCAGCAACGAGAUCGGUGGCAUCAACGACAUCCUGAAGAACGUCUUCCUCAUCUUCCCCCACUUCUGCCUGGGACGGGGUCUCAUCGACAUGGUGAAGAACCAGGCCAUGGCCGACGCCCUGGAGAGAUUCGGUGAGAACCGCUUUCAUUCUCCGCUUGCCUGGGACAUGGUGGGGAAGAACCUGUUCGCCAUGGCGGUAGAGGGCGUGGUCUUCUUCAUCAUAACCGUCCUGAUUCAAUACAGAUUCUGCAUCAAGGCCAGGCCCCUGAGCUCCAAGCAGAAGCCCUUGGGGGAGGAGGACGAGGACGUGGCGCGGGAGAGGCAGCGCAUCCUGGGCGGUGGCGGCCACACCGACAUCCUGGAGCUCAAGCAGCUGACCAAGGUGUACAAGAGGAAGCAGAAGCCUGCAGUGGACCGGUUGUGUGUGGGCAUUCCUCGAGGAGAGUGCUUCGGGCUGCUGGGGGUGAACGGCGCGGGGAAGACCAGCACCUUUAAGAUGCUGACCGGAGACUGUGUGGUCACAAGCGGGGAGGCCUACCUGGCCGGCAAGAGCGUGCUGACGGAGAUCGACGAGGUGCACCGGAACAUGGGGUACUGUCCGCAGUUCGACGCCCUCAACGACCUGCUGACGGGCCGGGAACACCUGGAGUUCUACGCCAUCCUGCGGGGCGUCCCGGAAAAGGAAGUGUGCGAGGUGGCAGAUUGGGGCAUCCGGAAGCUGGGCCUGGUGAAGUACGUGGACAAAGCGGCCGGGAGCUACAGCGGCGGGAACAUGCGCAAGCUCUCCACCGCCAUGGCGCUGAUCGGAGGCCCGCCCGUCGUCUUCCUGGACGAGCCCACCACCGGCAUGGACCCCAAGGCCCGCCGCGCCCUGUGGAACUGCAUCCUCAGCGUGAUCAAAGAGGGCCGCUCCGUCGUCCUCACCUCACACAGCAUGGAGGAGUGUGAGGCGCUCUGCACCAGAAUGGCCAUCAUGGUGAACGGCAGGUUCCGUUGCCUGGGCAGCGUGCAGCACCUGAAGAGCAGGUUUGGGGACGGGUACACCAUUAUCCUGCGUGUGUCGGGGCUGGACCCAGACCUGGGCCCGGUGGUGCGCUUCAUCGAGGCGGAGCUCCCGGGCAGCACGCUGAAGGAGAGGCACAGGAACAUGCUGCAGUACCAGCUGCCCUCCUCCCUCACCUCGCUCGCCCGCAUCUUCAGCCUGCUCGCCAACAACAAGGAGCUGCUGCACAUCGAGGACUACUCCGUGUCCCAGACCACCCUCGACCAAGUGUUUGUUAAUUUUGCCAAGGACCAAAGUGACGAGGACCACUUAAAGGACAUGUCAGUGAACAGGAAGGAGGCGGUGGUGGACAUUUCUCAGCUGGACUCCUUCCUGCAGGACGACAAGGCCAAAGAGACCUUUGUGUGAUCCGGACCCCCCCCCCCCCCUUUCCCCACGGCUCCUGCACCGAGCCGGCGUUCCUCCCCCUGUUCUCUCCCUCCUUUUCAAAACGGUUCGGUGAAGCGCGUUCCUGGCGAAGGACAGGACUGCACCCGAUCACAAACUCAAUGCAAAUCAAUGCAAAAAAAAAAAAAACCAACAACACAAACAAAAAUGAAGAAUUCCAGUUUUGUGUUAACGGGGAAGUGCCUGGAGCCUCUCGGGGAAGCAAGCGGCACGCCGAACGCGUUUUUGUGUCCCCGUAGCGAUACUGUCUUGGGGGCUGUGUCAGCGCACUUCCAGCCUCCUGCUGCCAAUCAGGGCCUUUUCCUCUGUUUUCUGCAGAAGUGCAGAGUUCGAUGUCGACGAAACGAAAGCAAUCAUUCUCACGGAGGCUCGCGGUGAACAGCCAAACCACAGAAGAAGAUCUCGACUUUUAUUUUGAAAACAGUUAUUUUAAAUACGGAACUUUCUAUUGCUUUAGCAAUUUCAGACGUGUCAUAAUUUCUGCCAUUUUGUGACCAGUACACUGCCUGACAUCAUGAGAUUGGGGCUUUUAUUUUGACACUCCAAUCAGAAAGUGCAGGAAGUGCACCAUGGAUACGUACUGGACCGACAAAAAGACAUUUUUAGAUAUUUUAUAUAUUUUUAUGCGUCAGGGUGUUGAUAUUCUGGCAACAAACACCUCACCAGCCAACAGAGCCCUGACAUUCAGAUGAAUGGUCUCUGAUUAGAUGGUUCUCGAUCAGAAAGAAAAUGAAAUAUAUGUGGUUGAGCAUAAAAAAAAAUGAGAAUACUGUUUUGUAAACUUGUUACGGCGUAGUGUUCUGCUCUGUGGAAGUGUUUUGGAGAGUAGAUGCAUGCAUUUUGCGUCCGCACGAAACCCUGCUCACGGAGACCUGUGGGGCAGUGCGUCUGGUAUCCCAGAAUUCUAUGCUUGUGUUUUUAUUGCACUGUUCUGGUGACAGUUUUAGUCGUGAGGGACGAUCCUCUUGGUGGAAAUACUGUUUUUAUACUUGUGACAUGUUUUCAUUUAGCCUUCAUCAUCACCACGGAAACGGAGUCACGUGACCGGGGCGUGCCCUCACGCGUGGACAGUGGGCGUUGCGGCGCAGUGUUUAGCUCUUGCCACAAGGGGGCGCAGAGAGCUGCUGCUGACAAAUCAAAGAUGUCUCCUCUCAGGGAUCUCAAACUCUGGUCCCACAGGGUGUUCCUGUGCCGAGGUGCUCCGAUUAAGCCACUGAUCAGACAAAGAGCGCACUCACCCUGUCCCCUAAAGGCCUAACCGGCUACUGACUGCGCACAGCGCCCCCUCCAGGACUGGAGUUAAACCUGCAGACACAGCGCCCCCUCCAGGACUGGAGUUAAACCUGCAGACACAGCGCCCCCUCCAGGCCUGGAGUUAAACCUGCAGACACAGCGCCCCCUCCAGGCCUGGAGUUAAACCUGCAGACACAGCGCCCCCUCCAGGCCUGGAGUUAAACCUGCAGACACUGCCCCCCCUCCAGGCCUGGAGUUAAACCUGCACACUCUGCUGCCAUAGAGGCCUAGAGUUUGAGACCCUUGUAUUAAGUGUUGGGUGUGUCUGUCAGUCACAUCCAGGUCUGUGCUCUCAAACGGCCUGCCACCAUUUUAAUUUUCAACCAGUCGACAAAUCAGAUGCAGGGAGGUGCUCCAGGGUAUUCCUGAUAAGAGUUACUGUGUGGUUCUGCAGGGCCAGAAAUUCCCAAAUAAUGUGUCUGUACAAAGGAGAUGGUGGAGGUGUAGAAGGUGUAGGCUGUCCUACAGGUGUAGACGAAAGCAGGCGAGCCUCCCGUGUUACAUAUGAAAUGCAUACAGGCACAUGCGUGUGCUGAGACGCAUGUGUGUGAAAUACCGCCUGAUCCUGCAUGGUGUUAGCGUUCAGGCUGUGACGCCAGGCUCUUCCGACAGGGGGCGCCACAGGGCUGAGAGCAGGCGAGGCAGAGUGACUGACUGAGCCAAACAGAAUAAAGCUCGCUUCCCAUUGGUCAGGAUGGGGAGGGGGCGGGGGCAGUGCCACACGAUCGUUCAUUCCGAGCACUUUAAAGACCAAUCGCCACCGGGUUCCUUCAUUUGCACAAGGAGAACUUGCAGGAUCAGAUAGACAGACAGACAACACCUUAUUUUUUUUGUUGUUUGAAAAAAAAAAAAAAAAAAGUACAAAAAUAUUUUAAUAACUUAUGUCCUACCAUUGGUCAAUAUUUCUUGUUUAGUAUUGUCUGUUUACAUUUUAAGUAUUAAAAUGUCUGUGAGUCUGAUACUUGUCCUGUACAGUACUUAUUUACAGAAAUAAAACUUGUGAAAUUUUCA